CCCUGGAGCUCUCGGCGCCGUGCGGCGUUCUCCGUUCCUCUCCGGCCCUCCAGCCUCCUCCGCCACCUCCCCCUCUCGCCGCCGAUCAGCAGCGCAUUAGCUUGGGACCUCGACCCAAUCCUCCUCCGGGUGAACUCAUACCAUCGUUUUACCCCUCUCCGAUUCUUUUCCGUCGGCACCGCACGCCAUGCGCGCCACGUGUUCGCGCAAAUGCCUGGCCGAUCUGCUCGGCCGCCUUGGCCAGGUCCAGGCGCAGGGCCAACCGCGCUGCCCCUCCCAGCUAUCUCCCGCGCGCUCCAUGACGCGCGGCCGGAGCGUGAACGAGCGGAGCAAGAAGAAGCGCGUGAACGACCUCGAGGUGGUCAUCGAGCGCUGCAAGGUGGUCUCCAAGGUGCUCGCCGUGGUGGACGCGCUCAAGAUGGAGGAGGAGCACGUCACCCCUCUCAAGCGCCUCGAGAUCCUGCGCCCGCAGCUCGGGCUCGCCAAGCCGCACAAGGUCGCCCACUUCGUGCACAGCUCGCCGCAGCUCUUCGAGGUCUGCCGCGACAGCCGCGGCGUCAUGUGGGCCGGCCUCUCGCCGCAGGCCGAGGCGCUCGUCGAGGAGGAGGCGCGCCUGCUGCAGGAGCACUCCCCCACGGCUGCGGAGUACGUGACCAGGCUGCUCAUGAUGUCGGUGCAACGGCGCCUGCCCGUUGACAAGAUCGCGCAUUUCCGGCGUGACAUGGGGCUUCCUCAUGAUUUCCGGGCACGGUGGGUGCACUUGUUCCCUGAGCUCUUCAGGUUGGUCACACUGGAGGAUGGCGACUACUUGGAGCUUGUUUCCUGGAACCCAAACUGGGCGGUCACUGAGCAUGAGAAGAAUAUGGCAGCAUUGGCUGGUAACGCCGAUGCCAAUUCCAAUGCUACCACACCAGGAGAGCUCUCACUUCCAUUCCAGAUGAAGUUCCCACCAGAUUUUAAAAGUUACUACAAAUUUAGAGGAAAAGCUCAUCACUAUGUGAAAACCGGCAAUACCGAGCAGUUUCAGAAGACAACCUACCUGUCCCCUUAUGCAGAGGCAAAAGGUUUGACCCCUGGAUCUCAUGAGUUUGACAAGAGGGCAGUCGCGGUGAUGCACGAGAUACUGAGCUUCACAUUGGAGAAGAGGCUGGUAACUGACCACCUGACGCAUUUCCGCCGUGAGUUUGUUAUGCCACAGAAGCUGAUGAGGUUGCUACUGAAGCAUUAUGGUAUCUUUUAUGUGUCUGAGAGGGGGAAGCGGCUGAGCGUGUUCUUGACAGAGGCAUAUGAUGGGACAGAGUUGAUAAAAAAGGCUCCGUUGGUAAGGUGGAGAGAGAAGGUCCUUCGACUUACUGGUUACAGAGGAAAAAACAAGAAUAUUGGAAAAGUUCAUGAGUCGUCUGAUUCUGAGCACUGUUUGUUCGGUGCGAGCUCAUCAACAUGUGGCGGUGGUAGCAGUGAUGACGAUGAUGCUGAUACUAUAUUGCAUGUUGAAAGUGAAGAUUCAGAUGAUUUCUUGGAUGAUGGCACUCUUACAGAUGAUGGUGAGAUGGAUGAUGGUGACAUCGAUGAUGGUCAGAUGGAUGAUGCUGGGAUGGGUUUUUCUAGUGAGAAACAUGUUGAGAUGGUUUUAGGAGAUGUAAGUGAUUAUGCAGAGUCAGUGAAAUCCAGUUAGCAGCCUACUAGCCUAACAUAGUGAACACUUCUGUUUUUCCGUUUCCUGAACAUUAAGCUCACAAGCGAGCAGGAAGGUUUCAUAUGCGAGCUUGUUUAGGGAUUUGUUUGCUGAUGUUGAUGAUAUUGUGGUCAAUGAUCCAAACAUGGCUGGACAUCCUGGAAAGACAACGCUGCAGGAUCUCAUAACAUCUACCCCCUGUCUUGAGCAACCAUGGUGAUGCUGUUGUUUACUACCUGGUGUCGAAGGUUGACUUUGAAUAUUGGCAAGCAUGGAUGAUUGGCAUUGAUAUGAAAACAAAGACUCUGCAAGGGAGUGGCCUUGCUUUCCACCGAUAGAUCCCUCUAUUCCAGUCCUGCCUACCAUGCAUGUUCACUCUCUGGAUAUCUGGGGCUUACUCUUUAGAAUGACGGUGCUUGUAGGAGUGCCUGCUCUUAGUCCUUUAGUUGACCAGUCAUGUUUUUUCAGCUCAUGUAUCAGUAUUGACGUAUUUGGGCUGGAAUGUUUGUUCUGCACCGUUUGUGAUCGUUCAUCUACUAGCGGUGGAACCUGAGUAGGAACCAUGUGUUUUAAUGCACAUUCGCAUCUAUGAUAAUUUGAUCUCAACCAGACUUAUCAUAACAGA